UGGAUAUUGGUGUCGACAUUAUGUGGACCUAUACCGAUGGAUUAACAACAGUUACAAUAAUUGCAAAUAAUUUACAAGUUCAACAAUGGAUUGGUUUUGGUUUAUCACUCGAUGAUAAAAUGGGUGAUGAUCAUGUAUUUGUUUGCAAACAUUUAUCCAACAAUACUAUCGAUAUGAAACGUAAAAUCAAUCCAGGUGGCUAUGUAAUUCCACUGGAUGCACCAACAAAUUCAGGUGGAACAUUUACAAUUACAUAA